AUGCCACCUCCUAUAGGUACCCUCGUCCACGCCCUCGGCCAUAACUGGCUGGGCAAGGCUGAUAUUGCUGUCCAGACGAUCCUGCUUGCCGCCGUGUUUGUGGCUGUCAGCCUGCGGUUAUGGUCGAGGCGUUUGCAACAAUUCUCGUUGCAGGUUAAUGACUGGUUAAUUCUGGCCGCAGCGGUCCUGAUGCUUGGCCGCUACAUUGUGGAGCUUAUAUUAAUUCUACUCUGUGGUAUGGGACUACAUUCAAUGGAGGUUGCGCGUACUGGAGGGCCUGAGGCCUUUGUACGCUUCAACCAGCUUACAUAUGCGGGCGACCUUCUUUGGUUGACCGUAGUUUGUUUGGUUCAGAUGUCUGUUCUGCAUUAUUAUCUCUGCAGGUUUCAGCAGCAGGUCAUCAUGUGGUUGACCUACGUGAUGAUGGGCAUAUGUUCGGCGCUGUGGAUUGCAACCUUCUUCGUGACUGUCUUUUUCUGUACGCCGCCCAGCAAGCUUUGGUGGGCCAACUCACAGGGCCAUUGUGGUGACCGUAAGAUGCUUCACACUGCCUCUUCUGUGACCGAAGCCAUCCUCAAUGGAUUUAUCCUCCUUCUUCCCCUGCCAAUUGUAUGGCAUAUGAGGCUAGCCCGCGCCAGAAAAGUCGCCCUCGGGAUGACCUACCUUCUGGGUAUCAUUAUCAUUGCAAUUUUCGUAGUCCGCAUCAAGAUCGAGUUUAACCCCGAUCCAGAAGAUCCAACCUACGGUUCUGCACGAGCAUCACUGAUUUCCAGCAUCGGCCCCCUUUUGGGUAUCAUUGCCGCAUGUUUGCCUCUGUUACCUCCGGCUAUUCAAAAGAUCUUUGGAACAUCCAAGUUGUGCUCAGCGGCAGACGGGCCGGGCUCCGACUCGGCGUCUGUUGGAUACUGGAAGACAGCAGUCACGUCGAACUCUCAGGUCGAGGAGCCCGAAAUCCCACUGGUGACAUCAACACAACCUCCUAUGGCAAAAAAACUAAGUGAGCUGGCUCACGGACAGAUCAAAAUUACUUCUGAUUGGGAAAUCCACUCUACAAGGAACUCGGCGCGGGUGGACAGAGAUUCUGUAAGCCAGGGCUAA